AUGAAAAUUAUUUGAUUAUAAUGAUUGUUAUUAGAAUAAAUAUUAGUUUGAGUUAUUCACACAUUAGUUAAAAUGGUGCAACCAACUACAACAAUAGGAUACUUCUUAUAAUGUAUAUGUAAUAAUAAUCUUAUAUAUACUUAGUAGUAAUAGUAGUAAUAAUAAUCAGACUCAGGGGACCUUUUUCUGGAUGUAGUACUUUUAACAUGCGAGUACAUUCUCCUGCUUAUACUGAAGUAUAACUUCAAUUGGACUUUUAUUUGUAGAGGAUCUGAGUACUUUCUCUACCACUACUGCUCUUCUAAUUUAGCAGUAUAUGGGCUGUCAUAUUUAAUGAGCUCAUUUGGAAAUUCCCUUUUUUAGUCGAUAGAAUAUUAUUGAAGUCUCACAUGAACAGGAACAAACACCGAUGUCAACUCAAUACCGAAACCAGCUGUGUCUACUUGAGUCGCGGUUGCUGCCGAGACAGAAAAUAGAUAAACAUGGUUUCACAGGAGUUGGGUCCAGACAUUGUGAGAAUACACAGUUUCAACUUUACCCUGUAACCCAAUUCAAGGAAGUAUAUUUUCUAGUUUCUUUUUUAAAUCACUUUACCACGAACCACAUAUAUCCUAAAGAUAAAAGGUGACUUUUAUCCUCCCAUCAUUGUCAGUCACAUGAUUAUUGAGGAUCAUACAUGGAGGAGAAUGAAUGUUUGUCACUACUAUUUAACUCAAAUUAUGCAACUAUGACAUCUGCACCUCUGACAGACCUGAUAACACUUGUUAUGAGUAUAUUCUUGGAAUGAAGAAUUUGCAGUUGGUUCUGUUGCUCUAGGAAACAAAACAGCCUCCUGUGCUGCCCACAGUUUACAGUCUGUGGUUAAAAUGUGGAGUAACAGUGCAACAUUUGUCAUGUUCAUGAUACAGUGUCAGAGUCAUGCAGCUGAGUCACACACACACACACACAGUGAGAGUUCGUAUCGAGAACACAGCUGAACCUGUCGGCUGAAGAACAGCAGCUCCGCGAUGAAGCAGCAGAGAGACGUCUGCACUGAAUAUGGCCGUCGCCUCAGGUGUCAGGUCUGGUCCAGGGUGGUUGAACGGUUAAUGCACAGAGAAAAGAGGCUGAAAAUCGAAGACAAAACAGAGGACGCUGUAAAGAGAUUCAGAGAAGCAGCGGCAGGUAUGACGGGAGUGGACGAACUGUCGGACAGCACGGAGGUGGUGGAGAUGGAGGAUGUGAAUCCCACCCAGUUCCAGGUGGAGAAGCACACGUGGGACGGCCUGAGGAAGAUCAUCCACAACAGCCGCAAGAACACGGGCAUGGUCAUCAGCAAGGCGCCACAUGACUUCCAGUUCAUCCAGAAGGACGAGGCCAGCCCGCACUCUCACCGCAUCUACUACCUCGGAAUGCCUUACGCCAGCAGGGAGAACGCAUUACUUUACUCGGACAUUCCUAAGAAGAUCCGCAAAGACGCCCUGCUGGUUUUGUCCUGGAAACAGAUGCUGGAUCACUUUCAGGCCAGCCCGCACCAUGGGGGCUUCUCUCGGGAGGAGGAGCUGCUGCGUGAGAGGAAGCGUUUGGGGGUGUCUGGCAUCACCUCCUAUGAAUACCACCGCCCCAGCGGCCUCUUCCUGUUCCAGGCCAACAGCAGUCUGUACUACUGCCACGAUGGUGGAAACAACAGCCUCAUUACUUCUCCAGUGAAUCCUGUAGAGAUCAAGAGCCAGUGUUCAGGGACACGCAUGGACCCCAAGCUCUGCCCCGGAGACCCCAACUUCAUCGGCUUCAUCAAUAACAACGACAUCUGGGUGACCAGCAUCCAGACGGGCGAAGAGAGGAGGCUCACCUUCUGCCACAAAGGAAGUGAAAAUAUAAAGGAGGACCCCAAGUCUGCUGGUGUUGCCACGUUUGUCACACAGGAAGAGUUUGAUCGCUUCACUGGAUACUGGUGGUCACCCGCUGCUCGAGAAGAAUCAGACGGUGGUAAGACUUUACAGAUUUUAUACGAGGAGGUGGACGAGUCUGAGGUUGAGAUCAUCCACGUUCCGUCUCCAGCUCUGGAGGAGCGUAAGACGGAUGUCUACAGAUAUCCACGUGCAGGCAGCAAGAAUCCAGAUAUUACUCUGAAAAUGGCAGAAAUCCGAACAGAUCACCUCGGCAAAAUUGUCAGCACACAGGAAAAAGAGCUGCCUGUUUCCUUCACCUCCCUCUUUCCAGGGACUGAGUACAUCUCCAGAGUUGGAUGGACAAAAGAUGGUCGAUAUGCGUGGGCGGUCAUGAUGGACCGACGACAGCAGCGUCUCCAGUUGGUCUUUUUGCCUCCAGCGCUCUUCAUUCCUGCAAAUCAGGAUGAGGCCAGCAAACAGAAGAGCCUUGAGGCCCUGGGAGACUCAGUGCAGCCCUUCAUCGUCUACGAGGAGACCAGCGACAUCUGGAUCAACGUCCAUGACAUCUUCCAUCCUUUCAUCCAAACCAGUGAUGAUGAAAUCACCUUCCUCACUGUAAACGAGUCUAAAACAGGCUUCUGCCACUUGUAUAAGAUCACGUCAGUGUUACAGCGCGGCAACUAUCACUGGGCUAAAGGCUACACACACUCUGAAGAUGAUUUCAAGUGUCCAGUUAAAGAGGAGCUGACGAUAACCAGUGGGAAGUGGGAGGUGCUGGCCAAUCACGGGGCAAAGCGCUCCUCCAGUCCUCAGAUUUGGGUGGACGAGGCGACAAAGCUGGUUUAUUUCCAGGGAACCAAAGACUCUCCUCUGGAGCAUCAUCUCUACGUGGUGAGCUACGACUCGCCGGGCGAAAUGGUCCGACUCACCAAACCUGGGUUCUCCCACAGCUGCUCCGUGAGCCAGACCUUCGACAUGUUUAUCAGCCAUUACAGCAGCUUGACCUCGUCGCCCUGUGUGCACAUCUUCAAGCUGGUUGGCUCCGACACUGACCCGCUCCACAAAGAGCCGCAGUUCUGGGCGAGCAUGAUGGAGCCCUCUGGCUUCCCAUUGGACUACACUACUCCAGAGAUCUUCAGCUUCACAGGGAAGUCGGGCUUCGAGCUGUACGGCAUGUUGUACAAACCCCAGAACCUGGUCCCCGGCAGGAGGCAUCCCACUGUCGUCUUUGUUUAUGGCGGUCCACAGGUGCAGUUAGUGAAUAACUCGUAUAAAGGAGUGAAAUACCUGCGGUUGAACACUCUGGCGUCUCUGGGCUACGCUGUGCUAGUGAUCGAUGGACGAGGAUCCUGUCAGCGAGGACUCAAGUUUGAAGGAGCUGUGAAGGACAAAAUGGGGCAGGUGGAGAUUGAGGACCAGGUGGAGGCUUUGCACUACGUAGCCGACAAGUACAAGUGUGUGGACAUGAGUCGUGUUGCCAUCCACGGCUGGUCGUACGGAGGCUUCCUGUCUCUCAUGGGCCUCAUCCAUAAGCCCGACAUCUUCAAGAUUGCCAUUGCAGGAGCUCCAGUGACUUUGUGGAUGGCCUACGACACCGGCUACACGGAGCGAUAUCUGGACACGCCGGAAAAAAACAAGCAGGGAUACGAGGCCUGUUCCGUCGCUCUGCACGUCGAUAAACUCCCAAAUGAACCCAACAGGUUGCUGAUCCUUCAUGGGUUUCUAGAUGAGAACGUACACUUUUUUCACACCAACUUCCUGGUGUCUCAACUCAUCCGAGCAGGGAAACCGUACAACCUGCAGGUCUACCCCAAUGAGCGACACAGUAUCCGAUGUCCCGAGUCCGGAGAACAUUACGAGAUCACGAUGCUGCACUUCCUCCAGCAGAACCUCUGAUAAUCCUCAACACAUGGACCUUUUCUUGCCUUGUCCUUCCCUGCAUCCUCCCCCUCCUCCCUUCAUCUCCUCCAUUUAUUUAAAGCUGCAUCAUGUUCUCUUUCAAUUCAUCUUAUUAUGUAUUUGCUGAAUGCAGGCUCUGCCAAACCUCGUCACACCUCAAGAGUCGCUCGUCAGUCUCAACGGUGCUGGAGCUUUUCAGCAUAGAUAAAUCAAUACAUGACUUGUAUUCAGAUGUUUAAUUACCAAACAAAGCAUUUUGUAGCCAAGAAGCUCCUUUUUGCAGUGGAAGGUUUGAAAAAAAUCUUCAAAAGGAGCAGGGGGCGCUGUUGGACAGGAACAAACAGGACCGAAGCUUUUCUGAGAUUCUAGUGAUGGUGGACGAUGAAGCAAGAAAAAAAACAAACACUGAAUUGAAAUGUGAGAGUGACGAUACCGACGUUAUAAACUUUAACUAAAAAACUUUUCAGCUUCGCAAAAACUAGAGACGUGGACCUGCUGCAGCCGGUUCGUGGAAGCAGCUUCGAGCAGUUUCAGACCUUUUCUCUUUUGCGUGAUUCUAUUUGACCAAUUCUCAUAUUGUUUUCAUGUUUCCAAGAACAGACACUGGAGUGAAGUUAGAAAACAAAUAACCUCGAUAAGAAACCGCUUCCUCUUUUUCUUUUUGCUUUGACACUUUUUCCGGGACACUUUUGUCAGGUCCACAAGAGAAUAAGUUACACAUCAAGUUUCUAUUGUGGAACUUCCCCAAACAACAGUUAAUGCAUUAUAAUGCACCCAUAACUGGUGCAACCGUGUCGUGACCUCUCACUGUUUCACUCAGUCGCUUGCUUUGCUUUCGCCGGAGCGCCUUUUUCUUCUUCUUCUGCUGCUGCUGACAAAUAUUUGCACGUUACAUAUUUGCCUCUGUGCCAACGGACUGAACAAUGAGAUGAUGUUUGACUCAGCUCCUCAGUGUGAGGGGCCUUUUAAGAGCUGAAGAGAGCCUGCUCAUAUAGUUUAUAUCAGGGAAUGUGUGUGUGAGGACCUAUGGAAAUAUAAUGCCUUUUAUAUGCGUGUGUCUGAUGAUCAUCUGUAUUCUCAGAACGUGAAGAAAUAAACAGAAGUGAACAAUCUUUUUCAAA